AUGCUGCUGCCCCCCAUCAUCCCCAUCCACCCCCCCUCCCCUUUCCCCGGGCCCCCUGCUCGCUUCUCCUCCAUCCUCCUCCCUCUUGUCUUCUCAUUCUUUUGGGCCCAUGUCAUGUUCUGUCCCUCCCCCCCAUGUCUCUUCCGGGACAAGCAAGAGUUGACGAUAAUUAUUAACAACCGUCUUCCCCCAGACUUUCCACCCUUUGCUCUCCUCUUACUUCAUUGCUCCACCAGCACCAUCUCGCCUAUCGAUUCGAACCGUCUUCUUUCGGCGCAUCUACACCAACCAUCCUUCGGCCUCCCAUCCCGUCAACGCCAUCACGUCCCAGAUUUCUCCUGUCGUCGCCCUUUCCUACCUCGACGCCAGCAACCGCUCUUCCUGUCCGAUUUCGAAUCCGACGUCCAUAUCGCGCACGCACCGUACCGACGUUGGACAAUAUUGACUGCCACCCGCAGAACCACCGCGAGCGAUUCAUUGUUGAUCCCGACAGCAUCUUCUCCGUUUCGCCUUAGGUGCCGAAUUCCGCCCCUACUUCACCCCCUCGACACCCUCGCGCUGGGUGCUAUUCCAACCUCGUUCGCCAUCGUGUAUCCUGAACAGCCGAUUAUCAACUGCUCUGUCCGAGCACAUCGCCUCGGCACCAUGCCUUAUCCUCUCGCCACCCACGUCCUGACUGUGGACACCAAUGUCAUCAACAAGGUUGACACAUCCAACCCCCAGAACCUCUACAGCAUGUGGACCGUCUUUGCAAAGUGCGCAGAGUCCGUCGAACAGGGCCGCAGGUUAGAGAACCUCAGUUGGCGCCUGUGGAACCGUGAGACUUUCUGUUGCACCGAGGACGAACAAGCCUCCGUCACCGCCACGAGCCUUCCCAGAGAGAUUCCCCAGGCCAGCAGGCUACAAGACAUCCCUCAACUAUCUGGCAGUGUCGACUCUGAAAACGACGACGAGGCCGUCGACUUCUCCUCCCUGUCCGCUCCCCUCGAGAUCCGCCCCCGAAUUCAGAGGCAAGACUCGUGCGCCAGCACCCGUAGCAGAGGCAAGGAACGCCACAUCACAUCCGGCGACUUCGAGAAGAUGGUUGUCUCCAUCAUUAAGGAGAACGAGCCCUUGUCCGCGCCCCUGCCUCACAUCACCUCGCCCUACAUGCCUCCCCAGAAGGAGACGCUCGACCUGGCACCCACCUCCCCCGUCUACGAGCACUCGGGGUCCACCACCACCGAGUCUCCUUGCAAGUCAUCUGAAGAGGAGCAGUCCCAGGAGCCUGCCUCCCCCGAAAUCACCUGCCGCACCACCGUCGUCCAUGGUUUCUCCCCCUCCCAGAUCCCCAUCUCGAGGGCUACCCCCGCCUCCCCCAAGGUCAUCUCGCCCGCCGCCAUCCCCGAACCCAGAUCGUCGCCCGCAGCCAAGCCCAUUCAGUCCAAGAAGCAGCCCAUGUUCUCCAUUGGCGAGUCGUGUUCCUCUAGCGAACAGGGCCAGAGCAUUGAGAACCUGCGAUCCAUCCCUGCCCCCGCGCCGAAGCGCAAGAUGAUGUUCCAGGUCGGCGGCUCCUCGGAGGAGGACAGCUCCCUGAAGAGCGCUCUCGCCUCCCAGCCCGGCUCACUUAUCACUGGCCAGAAGAAGACCACGUCGUUUGCGGACCACGUCUCGACCCGCAUGAUCAACGACGACAACUCGGCCAUCGCUGACGACUCGGAGACCGACUACGUCGACGAGAGCGCCAUCGAUGACGACGACGACUCGUCGGACUGGGAAGACUCGAUCGAGGAUAGCAACAAGUCGAGCAUCGACGAGAAGACGUUCUUCCAACGUGUCGACUCCAAGGUCAACCUGACAUCUCGCCGCUCGCUCAUCACGCUCAUGAUUGAGCAGAAGGACCGCACCAGCAAGAACCUUGGCAACAUCGCCUCCCAGUCCACCUCGGCACUCCCCUGGUCUCGUACCAGCCACCCGGCUCCUCCCACGCUGGCCGUCUCCCCUAAUGAUUCGGAUGACGCGCCUCUGAUGAUGAAGCGCGGCAUUCGCUCUUCUCCUCUGAAGCCCAUCACCGAGGUGCCUCGGUCCGCCGCUCAGCCCAUCCACGCGACGGCCAGCCACAGUCACCUCCAGGCCGCCCUGUCGCCCCGAACCACGCGCCGCAACAUGCUGGCAACAGAGCUGACAGAGUCUCUCCGUCGCAAUCUCCUCUGGGAGCGCCAGCAAAAGUCUUCGACGGCCAAUGCCGUCCUCAAGAGACGUCACACCUCGCACGACGUGGCCAACCUGAAGCAGUACCCCGAGAAGGUGUGCCUCAAGGACGACGACGCCCCUACCACCACCAACCCCCAGUACUUUUCCAAGGACACGGAUAACUUUGGAGGUUAUCACUCCAAGGGAUGGUGAAGCACCUCUUCUACACACACGACCGCAUACUACAACGAUACCGCACUCAAAGCACAUAUUUAUCACGAUAUCCGACGAGCGUGUGGCCAAUGGGGCCCGCUCGAGCACAGUUGUUUCUAGUUGCUUUUACAUUGCAUUGCGCGCGCGGCAGCAUGGCACCCAGCUUUGCUUUACAUCACUAUCACCCUAAUACUGGGGUGCGCACUGCUGGGACUAGACGGGUCCCAGUUCCAGGAUUGUGACACCCACAAUGGAGGGGGGCAUCUUGGCUCCCGGGUGUAUUCAUCAGGCCAGAGCGUGGGGUCUCUUGAAGCUGAUUCUAAUUUUCACAUUUGCACGGCGUCUCUUCAUCAUAUGAUACCAUGGUCUGUUUUGUUUUCGCAACAUACCACCUUCAUGUUUUAUCAAUGGGUCUGGGUAUCUGCAUUUACACGGUUGUCGACAGAUUUGUACGGGAGAAAACCAGGAGGACGAAGACAAGGGUAGGGGAGGAUUUGUACUCUAUGGAUAGGACCAAUUGGGGGUUUCAGACAAAGCUACAGAAGGCAUACCCGAGGGCGACCUCAACAGCAGGGCCGGACGGACAUGGUUCGGUUACUGUUGUGGGCAUGCUGACGACAGGAAAAAAGGAAAAACCGGGCUGAGGAGUCCGAAAAGUGGAGGUUCCCCGCGAGAAGGGCCGAGGGGGGGAAGACUUGGUAGAGGGAGGCAGAGAAAGGAAAAAAAAGGCUCGCGCGAGCAGUGAAGCGGUCCGGCGCAUGUGAUGGGCUGCACAAAAGCGAGAUGACGACAAACAAGACCAAAAAAAUCGCAAAAUCGUCCAAAGAGUUUUUAGCAAAAAAAACAUGAAUAAAAGUUGGCCAUUCAAUCAA